UUAGUGGUUGGCAUAUCUACAGGCUAGAAUCGAUCAGUUGAAUGCAGUAAGCAGACUCGGCAGAUACUGUAAUGUGCAUCCAAUCGCUCUUUAAAAACGGGUUGAUAGUGGGUAUAUUUGGAGCCGUGUUUACUGUUGCCAUUGCAAUUUUAGGAUGGGUGGCUAUGCCAAACAUCAUCGCCAACGUAUCCAAAAAGACUCUAGUCCUGGAAGAGAAUAAUUUUGUUUGGAAUAUCUGGUACGAUCCACCCUAUCCGAUAUACACGGAUUUUUACAUUUUCAACUGCACUAAUUACAAUGACGUUGUUCGAAACGGUACUAAGCCAAUUGUUGUCGAACUCGGACCUUAUUCCUACAGGGAGUAUCGAAAAAAGAACACAAGCGUUCUUGAGAAUAGCGAUGAAAUCGUCUAUUACAGAGAACACCGCUGGUACUACUUUAGUCAAGCUACCAGUGGUCCGGGACUCAGCCUCAGCGAUGUUAUCACAACCGUUAACCCUGUUUACAUGACCGUUUCGAAAUUUUUGGAUUUUUUGCCAGUCAACAACCCUGCAGUUGAUAUAGUUGUUGAUCUCAUUGACAACUUUUUAAAAGAAAGAAAUGAAUCCGUUUUUAUGACAGUCACAGCUGAUGAGCUCAUAUUCAAAGGAUGGCCAAUGGACACAUACAUCGAGCUGUAUGAAAGGAUUCAGGAUAUCUUUAACCCAUGGCCUCCAUUUUUCCCCCCCUUACCCCCCAGUCUUCCAACUUUACCUGAAAUUCCACCGUCCGUAAGAGAUAACAUAACUCUAGGACUUUUCAAAGCGAAAAAUGAUUCGGACGAUGGUAUUUUUCGAGUAAACCGGGGUACCUAUGACUAUCAGGCUUUCGCUGACAUUGAAGCUUGGGGAAGAAGUCAAGAAAAAUUAUCUCCAUACUUAACUUUUUGGCCGGGUGAAAAAUCCUACUGUAACGAAAUACAGGGAACAGAUGGGACCGUUUUUCCUUAUGGAAUUGAUGUUGAUGACAAAAUUUGGAUUUAUCAAACGGACUUAUGUCGUUCAAUCUACGUUGUUUACGAACAACAUGAAACAUACUCAGAUUUGCCUGGGCGACGAUUCAUUCUUCCGAAAUCUGUACUUGAAAACCGAACAAACGCACCAGAAAACGAAUGUUUUUGUCUGGAUGAAGAGGACGAAGGUGUAUGUCCUAACACAGGUGCACUUUUCAUUGGAGCUUGCUAUGAAGGGGCUCCACUGAUAGGUUCGAAUCCCCAUUUUUACAACGGAGAUCCUAGAUACGUCAACGGUGUCGAAGGAUUGAAUCCAAACAAGUCGAAACAUGAAACCUAUUUGAUUCUAGAAGAGAGAACCAACACUUUACUCUACGCAGCAAAACGAGUGCAACUCAGUAUCGAUGUUCGAAAAACUCGCCUUUCAGAUACACUAAAUCUCACCACGAGAGUAUUCUUACCUAUGCUUUGGUACGAGGAAAACGCUCAAAUAGAUGAAGGGACAGCCAAAGAAUUUAACGUGUUCAUCAUCCUCACAGCUGUAAUGUGGACUCUAUUUGCCAUCGGUUUGAUUUUGACGGUCGUGGGUGUGUUUCUAAUCGGUCUCCAUUUCCACAAGGAAAAAAAGUUGCAGAAAGUGUACUAAUUCCAAGUAUUGGUGGAAAACACUUUUGAAAUUGACAUCAGCAAUCUAACUAUCUAUGGAUGAUUUUUUUUUGUCAAAAUUGUUCACCAAAAUAUGAAACAUCACUUGUUUAAUAAAACACCGAUAAAUACAUUUUUUAAACUGA